CAAGCUUUGCUCCUCGACCCUCUCUUCCUUUCUCACUCGAGGUUGUUCAGACCUAGUUUGGAUCCUGCUUAUUACUCAAGGCAAACUGCUGGUAAUGUGCUAGCACAUGGCCAAAUUGGCGAUCACACAACCUCCCCCAUAACCCACCACUCUCCUCCACCACCACCACCACCACCACCAUCACACGACCAUUCCUACCGAAGCAUGGAGAAAUUCACCCAAUUCCGAGAUCGAGGCUCGGGCAUUGCACCCUUCCUCCCCAUCCCUGCUCAGCCCAUCAGCUACCUGCAGAUCCCCGUCCGCAUUGUGCUGUUCUGGAUCCGACUGCCGCUCUUUGUGUUCGCCUGUCUGAGUUACUUCCUGGUGCUACAAUGGCUCCCGAUCGGAUCGCUGGGCAAGAAGGCCUCCCUCUGGUGUAUUCUGGGGAUCCCUAGUAUCUGGUGGAUCGAUCUGCAGGUGGACGGUGUGCGAAAAGGAUCCCUGCACAGACAAGACCAGACCCGCCUCCCCGGCCCGCGAUCCAUCAUCGCCUCCUCCUUCACCUCCCCGAUCGACCCGCUCUACCUGGCCGCGAUCUUCGACCCCAUCUUCACAGCCUGCUACCCCAACACCUCGGAAGUCGAACAGAUCUCGCUCUUCCAAGCGAUCCUGCGCGCCUUCAGCGCCCCGCGGCCCACCGCACCCGCGGCCCACAAGCUCACCACCCUCGACGCCCUCCUCCGCAAGUACCCCGGCCGCGCCCUCGUCACCUUCCCGGAGUGCACGACCACCAACGGCCGCGCCAUCCUGCCCCUCAGCCCGGCGCUGCUCACCACCCCGCCCGCCACCAAGAUCUACCCCAUCAGUCUCCGCUACACCCCCGUCGACGUGGUCACCCCGCUGCCCGGCAGCUACCUCAGUUUCCUGUGGAACCUGCUGAGCAAACCCACGCACUGCAUCCGCGUCCGCAUCGCCGGCGGCGUAACGCCUACCACCUCAACCUCAACCUCAACCUCAACAACCGCCGCAGCAUCGACCGGCUCGUCGACCCGCAGAAACUACGACACCAAUUACCUGGACACGCUGGACGCCUCGACCCGCAGCGCCUCGUCCUCCCCGGAGGCGACGGGCGUCUCCGACGCGGCGCUCCUCGACCACGUCGCGGACUCGCUGGCGCGGUUGGCCCGCGUCAAGAGAGUCGGGCUGAGCGUGAAGGAGAAGGUGGAUUUCGUCCGCGUGUGGACGCGGGGCAGGUGGGUCUGGUAG